ACAUUUCCCAUGCUGCACCGCGACAGAGUUGUGUAACUUUCCAGCUUCUUCCAGGCGAAAACUCUCGCGGCCGUAGCUAGUUAGCUAGCCACAUCGGCUAAAAUAGAAACAUCGACUUAGUUUCGUUCUGGAUGUUUAGGAAAAGUUCAUUUUGUGGAUAAAGGUGGACGGUUUUAUCACUCGGACAGGACGAGGUGAAAAAGAGAAGAAGAGAAAAGAGACAAAAGAAAAUCGGGGGCGGAUCAGAAAUCAAACAUGUCCUCCUCUUCCUCCUCGCAGGCAUCUUCCAGGCGGCAAUGGUGCUAUCUCUGCGACUUACCCAAGAUGCCUUGGGCCAUGAUUUGGGAUUUUAGCGAAGCUGUGUGUCGCGGGUGUGUGAAUUAUGAAGGUGCAGACAGGAUAGAAAUGCUAAUAGACACGGCGAGACAGCUCAAACGCACCCAUGUGAUGCAGGACGGAAGGUCUCCAGGUCCCCAGCCGGGUGGUAAACACGGCCCUGGGGCGAAAGAUGGCGCACUGGAUGGGGGCAGAAACACUGCUGAGCGAUUUGAAAGGAGCAGAGGAGACUUUGUACCUGCUAGACUUCCCAAUGGACUGCCCAGGUUGGAGGAUGGUGCUGUUGCAGAGGUUAGCAGGCAAAGUCCCAAUGCGAGGAGGACGAUGGUGGCAGGUGUGUCACCCAAUUUGAUGGCCCAAGGGAUUGUGGGUACACCGCAUGGCCUCCUGAUCGGCGCCAGGUCCAGCGGUCCACCGCUGGCCAUAUCUGCCCCAAUGUUGAGCGAACUUGGGAAGAGACAGGCGUUGGGUGUUGGGAUGUCGUUCAUGAGCUCAGACUUUGAGAAGGAUCUGAAGGAGAAACAGAGGAAUGCUGAAGAACUUUCCGAAAGUGUCCGGAACCGGGCUGAUGAUUGGGCUGGACGUCCCAAAUCUGUGCGAGACACUUUGCUGGCGCUUUCCAACUGCGCACCGUUCAACGUGCGCUUUAAGAAAGACCAUGGCCUUGUCGGGAGGGUGUUUGCGUUUGACGCCAAGCUUGGUGUGGAUUUUGAGCUCAAGGUGUUUGUCGAGUACCCGUGUGGCUCAGGCAACGUUUUCUCCAGCCUGCUGGCGUUGGUGAAGCAGAUGUUCCAGGAUAGCCAAAAAGACUCAGGCAAAGUGAUCAGCUCGGGCUUCAAAUACAUCGAAUAUGAGAAGCGGCAUGGCACCAGCGAUUGGCGUCUCCUUUCUGAGCUACUCAGCGACGCUGUUCGGGCAUUUAAAGAACCGCCAGCCCCUGAUUCACUCCCUCAACCUUUCGUGGAUGCUGCCUGUGCCAUGUUACCCACUGCGCUCUGCCAUCUCGGACGUCCUGGCCAAGCUCGAAUGCGGCGCCGAAAAGCUUCUCCGGAUCCGGAUGGCGCUGAGAGGAUGCCCUCAGAGGAGCAAUUACGCCAGCAUUGGUACCCUGGCAUGAGCGCCCACAUUCCCACCAGUUCUCUCGCCAGCGCUAUGCCUGGCCAGCCUCCAAAUCUCCAGGAGGUGGUUCCUGUUUCCCAUGGCAGUGAUCCUUCACCUAUCAGCGCCCUCAUGAGCGUUGCAGACAACGUUGGUGCCAUCAGCCAAUCGCCAAAAGACAUGCCGGGAAGCAGUGGCGCCCACGCUUCCAGCGCUAGCCCUUCUUCAUCUGGGCAAAGGCGACUGGCAUCACGUAACGGUGAAAAUGGGUCGGGAACAGCCGCGGUUGCCACAGCAAUGCCCCCAGGUGCAGCGGCAGACCAAGGAUCUGAAAUCUCUGGAGCAUCUGGACCUCCUCUUUGUUGCACCAUUUGCCAUGAAAGGCUUGAGGAUACACACUUUGUCCAGUGCCCUUCAGUACCCGUGCACAAGUUCUGCUUCCCUUGUACCAGAGAAUUCAUCCGUAAUCAGGGCUCAGGGAGUGAGGUGUACUGCCCAAGUGGUGAUAAAUGCCCACUGGUGGGCUCCAAUGUACCCUGGGCAUUCAUGCAGGGGGAGAUUUCCACCAUCUUGGCUGGAGAUGUCAAAGUCAAGAAGGAGAGGGACCCUUAAUUCGAAGCAGGAAGUUGCAGUUCCUGAACCCCAAAGAUGACCGACGCCACAGCACUGAAGAGACGACUGUUCACAUGCACACGUCCUCUUCCUCCAAUUAUCUCAUCCCUCUGUCCACGAUGAAGAAUCCUUACAUCCAUCCAUCCAUCCACCCAUCCACCCAUGUUGAGGAAUAUUUCCUCUGUGUCUCCAUCUUUUUUUUCUGUCUGUUAUUCUGUCUACCACAUCUUCUGCCCAUAAUAAAAUCAACCAUCCUUCAUCUGUCUUUUGCUCUAUCCUCUUAUCACUUCUUUACCUCUCUCUCUCUGUCUCUCUCUCUCAGUCUUUCUCUCUGUCUUCUCAUCCCACAACCUUUAUUUCUGUCCUCUCAUUAGUUAUUUUGCUCAUUCUCUUUCUAUCCUCUCCCCUCCUCAUUUUCUCUCUCUCUCUCUCUCUCUCUCUCUAUCUAUCUAUCUAUCUAUCUUUCUUUCUGUUACUCCCCUUAUCAGUUCAUUUCAAUUCAAUUUAUUUCAGUAUGUUUAGUGCUUUUAUCAAGAUGGCCCUUUUCCUUUUCACUCGUCUCAUCUUCUUUCAUUCCUCAAUUAAUGCCUUUUAAUGGACAAUCAGUUAGAUUUGUUUUGCUUUUUUUUUUUCCCCACCCCAACAUCUAAUAGUGCUUUACUGCAGAGCUAAAUCAUUUUAUUUAGGGUUUUAAAAUCCCUUUUUUUUUUUUUUUUUUACUUUUAUUUAGCAUUUCUGAUUCCCAGUAGUAGAUUUAUCUCAAAUACAACAUAUGACAAAUGAUUAGUCUGAACGAAUGUCCUACAAAUACAUAUUAGCAAAAGGUUUAUCUACAGUUUUCCUUGUGUCAAAUAUAAUUGAUCAGCCAAGACUGAUAUUUUGCAGUGGAGCUACAAGUCUAACAACUAACUGAACUUUAUCUCACCCAAAAUUCUGUAAAUCCAGUUUGAAAUACAGCCUGGAUGAGACACUAGUCACUAAAUGUUUUAUAAUGUUUCUUGGUUGAUUGACUACAUUUGGCAAAAGGAUUUGCUUUUGAUUUCUGUUUCUCCCACCUGUUUCAGCAGCCACAACAGCACUAAAGUAGGGCAUGUGCCGAUGAUAGAUAUGCAUAUUGCAUUAAUUGCGUAGUCUUUUUUUUUUAUCAUGGUUUAUAAUAUUAUAAUGAUACUGUAUUCUUUAACUAAUCAUUCAUCAGUUGAAACAACUGUCCUGUCUUUCAUAUUUUUAUUAUCUGACCAAAAUUAUAGACAGUUGUCUUAAACAAGGUAUACAACUGUCGUUACACUUGCACAGAUUUGAUUUAAAAAAAAAAAAAAAGCCACCUAUUUAGGUCUUUUCGAUCGGGAUGUUGUCAAAUAUUGCAAUAUGUCAUAUCACAACCAGUGGUUUUUAUUAAAUCAUUGAUCAUUGGCUCAUGCCUAGUGUUGUGACAUUCUUUUGUAUUUUGGUCAAACACACACACACACACACACAUAUAUGUGUAUAUAUAUAUUUAUAUAUAUAUAUAUAUAUAUAUAUAUAUAUAUAUAUUUAUAUAUAUAUAUAUAUAUAUAUAUAUAUAUAUAUAUAUAUAUAUAUAUGUGUGCUACAUUAAGAGUGCAUGUAUAGUAGAAAUAUUUAUAUUUUAUACAAUAUAGAUUGUAAGAAAUAUUUGCUGUUAAUGGUUAUUAGAUGUGCAAUUUCUAUAAAUUUGAUACCACAAACAAAACCAAAGAUAGACGUGCUAAAACUUAUUAUAUAUUACAUGUUAUAUUACAUUAUAUAUAUAUAUGACACUUUAUAUAUAGAAAACAGCAUAAAAGCAACAUAAAAACAUGGCUUUUGUUAAAUAACAGCACCAUUGGUGGGAAAUGGUUCACGUAAUUAUAUUUAAUCAUGAACACAGAUGUUGUUCUUAUUAAAGUGUUAGCCGAUCAGUAUAUUUUGUAUUCUAACACUGUUGAGUUGAAGAUAUUCUUUUUUUUUUUUUUUAAUUUUCUACAAUUGUUAUUAUAGUCUGGAUAUUUUUCCAUGUAAGAAUUUUCUUUCUUUUUUUUUUAAAUUUUAUUAUUACUCCUUUCCUUUUACAUGUUCUGGUAUGUUUAGUCCUCACCUCUUCAAUUCUGUUUUAUGAAUAGAAAAUGUAUCUCUGGACAAAUGUGUGUAUAAACAGAAGCACUGUUUUGUUUAAUCAGCUCUUGGAUUGUAUUUAAAUUAAAAGGUGACCUGCUUUUCACUUACACACACAUUCGCUUUGUACAAUCACUUAAAAAAAACUUUUCUUGAGGGGAAAUUCAAAUGUUUUUAUUAAAUACAUCCCUAAAGAUA